GUGUGUGUUAACUCACGUGCAAGUGACACGCACCGUGAAAGCAUAUCUAUCUAUUGUAAUCCUGCUAUGAAUGAACUUGCUACAGUUGGUGUAAGAAGAAGAAGAAGAUGAGUGCUGCCAAAGUCGGCAUCGCUUCUCCGAUCAUAAGCUCUGCAACCUUCUCCUUCGCCAAACACGCCUAUUCUCCAAACAGAAUUUGGCUUCAAUUUUUGGGCUCACCGAAACAUAAAAGCCGUAUGAGGUUGGUGCAAUGCGCUCGCGCUUCUAUCUCAAGAACUGGGCAAGCUGCUUUUGAUCCUGAACUUCGGUUAGUGCUUGAACUUGCUACAGACUCUGAGUUAUAUGAGCUUGAGAAUAUCCUUUUUGGUCAAAGUUACUUUAGCCCUUUACUCAAAUCGAUAACGACGAGAACUGAUGUAGAUUACGCCAUGAUCGAAGAGGAUCUUCAAGAAAGAGAGCACUUCAUAGAAGCACUUGAGUCUCGAUUCUUAUUCCUUGCAGCUGAUGCUCGCUCAACCUUAAGGGGUUGGAGGCCAUCGUAUAGGAGUGUUUUACUUGCUGUAAGAAAGGAGUUGAAAAUUCAGUGCUCAAACAAGUUGUCGACCGAAGACCUCGAAGCAGAGAUCUUUCUUCAUUUGUUGCAUGAUUGCACAAGUGAAGAACUUGAAGCUUUUCCAGGGUUAUUAGAAUUCUCUGGAGCAUCCAAUGCAGAAGGUGGUUUAGAAUUUGGACUCAGUCGAUGGAAAGUACAGGCUCUUUCAGCUUUGAAAGAUGUCCGGUCGGUGGUUUUGAAGGGUGGUGGUAUAAUCACUUUGGCAAAGAUUUUUCAAGUGGUGUCAAAGAGAUUAUCGGGAAAGGUGUUUGCAGAAGCUGCUAAUUAUCAAAUUAAAAGGGAAGUUAUAAGAAAGGGUGGACAGCUAGCAGCGAUUAAUUUAGAGUCUCGAGCAGCUAUGCUUGCUGCAAAACAGGGUUUUGCAGGUGCUGCAUCAAGAUACGUAGGUCUCAGAAGCAUGAUGACUUUACUUGGCCCAAUGCUUUGGGGAACAUUUCUCGCCGAUGUUGUCAUUCAAAUGCUGGGAACGGAUUAUGCUAGAAUCAUACGAGCAAUUUAUGCGUUUGCCCAGAUUCGUAUUACGCGCACAUACAAUUUAUCAUCUGGAUCUGAGGAUGAAUGAACAUUUUUAGCAUUUGGAUUUUGGAAGACUUCAGGUUUGAUAUCUUAACAGUAGAUCUAGAGCUGCUGUUGCUUCCGUUCCUCCAGGCAGCAUUAACAAUGAAGAUACACGUGGAUGAAUUUUGUAUUCAGUGUCCGAAGCUUAGAUUUGUACUCUUUUGUAGAUAUUCUUUUUGAGGAUUUCUACUGUAAAUAUUUCUCACUUUGUUCCUUUUAACGUAUCUAUGUUUUGCUUUAGGUUCCGCUAUGUAUUUAAUUUGCUAAAUUGUACUUAAAAAGUUUAUUAUCAUCGCCAUGUAUAUGUUUAAGGAUUUAGACAAUUUCGAUAAGUGAUUGAUUUCAUUUUCGACCAGAGAAA